UUCAUAUUGAAUAUAUGAAAAGAAGUGAUGUUGUGAAUUGUGCAAAAUAAUAAGUAAUUUGAUUGACGUAUUAGGAGCUCAUGUUGCCGCUUCAAAAAAGUAUAUCAAAAACGGAAUCGUUUGGAAAUCGCUACAAUAUGGAAACGAUAUUUGAGACGAUGGCCUGCGCUAGACACCAGGUCUAGAGGAAAGCUAUACACGUACAGGCCCAUGUGUACAAGAUACCGUUUUCCUGCGUGAUAUAUAGCACUCUAAGCAUCCAAUGGCUUCAGCUGAAAGUCCAGCUGAAGUAGAAGCAGAUGGUCUUGCUGCAGCGACCCUUCAAGGCGGGACUGCAGUGACCCACUCCGGAGCAGGUGUUUACCUAAAUGUGUUGAAUGCUGAUGGCAGCGUGGGCACUCUUUUUCUCGAUACGUCCCAACUCAAUAUUCAGCAGAGAGAAGAGGGAUUCUUUGAGAUUACUACAGCGUUGGUUGCAGCGAGCCCGGAAACAAACACUAGUAGAGCACCUGGCCGAAAAGACGAUGCUACGCCGGUGGUGUUUGGGGCUGCUCGCAGCGGUGUUGCGAUUGCGGGUGGAACCCCCGCAACUGGAACUGGUGAUAUCGCGACUUCCGUUGCCGACGCCACUGUUCAUUCAUCGACGGCAGGUGAAAGUGCUUCUGUUUCUGCAAACGGAGGUGGUGAUACAUCGUCUAUCCGAUUUAUUACAGCUGGCCAUUUGGAAACCCUCUCCAGUAGGAAUGCAGAUGCUGUUGGCAAUGAUGCCGAUUCAUCCAACAUCGUGCAUAUUAACACGCUUAAUCAGACCAUUGAUAUUAGUGAAGAGAGAAGUCAGGAAUUAUCUGAGACGUUCCGGUGCACCAUUUGUUCCCUGGAAUUUUCGAGCGAAUGCCGAUUACAGUUACAUCUUAAAUCGCACUUUUGCGAAAAGCCUCACAAGUGCGAUAGCUGUGAGCAGGCUUUUAAUCACGAGGUCAAUUUAAUACUUCAUCGGGCUGCAGCUCAUCCAACCGCCGACUCAACUUUAUCAUGCCCCGUUUGCCACAAGCGUUUUCUCCGGCAGGCGUCACUGAAGUCGCAUGCUAGUGUCCACCUCAAGGAUGAAUUCUUCGUGUGUACCCAUUGUGAGGUCGAAUGUGAUACACAGGAAGAACUGAACUAUCACGUCCAAAUGUUGCACAGUGUACGGGAUUCUGGCGAAAUCAGUGGACUUCGAGGCCCCCGACUGAUGCGUUGCUUCACCUGCCGAAAGUCAUUCACUAAUAAAGAGGAAUUCGCUGCACACCGAUUGCAUCACCAAAAGAUGAAGAGUGCGUUACGUAGCAAUCGUAAGGCUGGUGGUGGGCGAGGAAGUACGACUUCAAAAAAAGAGUCCAACGAAAAUAAAGCAAAAGGCCGUUUGGGGCGUGCUAACCGCCCUAUGCACGAGUGUCCUACAUGCUCUAAGGCUUUUUCGAAAGCAUCUUUGCUCGCUCGACACGCCACUAUUCAUACAGGUGAAAAAAAGUAUUCAUGUAAGGUAUGUGGACGGCGAUUCACGCAGGAGGUGACGGUUCGUGCUCACAUGGCAGUUCAUACCGGCGAAAGGCCGUUCGAAUGCCCCUUCUGCGAGGUCCGAUUUUCUCAGAAAUCGAAUUUGAGAGCGCACGUCGCACGACUGCACCCUAUGGGCAAGCCAGAGAGAAAACUUGAGUGCCCAGUCUGUCCCUGCGUCUUUGGAACAAGUACUGCGCUAGGAUGUCAUAUAUCGAAAAGACACCAGCAGAUCGCCACGACGGCAAAUACUUCAGGCAUCAACAGCGGGGAACCCGCUACUCCUGUUCAACGAGCCGUUCUUAUACAAUGCGACAACGGCCAAGGAAAAAACACUGAAAACAUCGAGAAUAAUCAGUUACGUGUUGUGAAAAAAGGGGAGGAUAGCAGCGAAACUGGAAAUAAUGAGCAGGAAGAAACCGAAACGGCAGAGGAUAAAACCAGAGACGGACACUCAACAACAAAUUCCGGUUUACGUGAAGGAGAAGAGGGGGAAGUGGAAGAAGUUGUAGAAACAGGUGAUUGUGAGGGGCCUCCAAAACACUCUGAACGUGAAAAGGUUCAGACUUCUCCGAGUGCAGCGGGUUCUUAUGAUAACAAACAGCAGAAGGAUCAAGAUGAGUGCCAAAUUCGACUGGCACCCCUGACGGACGCUCACACUGGCGAGGUUUGGGAACAUGUUGUGCGUCGUGCCGGUGGCAGAGCCUUUCAUCAAUGCAUGUUUUGCUCCAGGGAGUUUCGACGACCUUCCGAUCUGGUUCGGCAUAUUCGUAUGCACACUCAGAGUCGACCAUUCAAGUGUCAUGAGUGCCUUCGCACAUUUUCGCUAAAAUCGUCUCUCAGUGCCCAUAUGCGCAUUCAUGGAGAUUCGUCAAAGGCUGCCGCUGGAACAGCCUCAGUUCCAACUGAAGUCGGAGGAUUUGAAGAAGGUCGCACAGUGCAAUGUCCUUUUUGCCCUCGAUCAUUCCGAUCUGAACAGGGCUGCAAAACGCAUAUGGCAGUUCACGGAGUUGCAGCUGCCAAGAUCUAUACGCAGUAUAGGUGUCGUCAAUGCGAAACUCUGGUUUUCGAGAGCAAAGACAUGUUGGCGGUCCACGUUCAAGAAGCACAUGGCGAACUUCUAGUCGAAAGCACAGAGCUGUUGCCCAUGCAGGAACCAAUUAUGAUCUCUGAAACAGUGAUCACACAGUCCAACGCUGGAACAAUUGAGUUAGAAGAUACUAGCGGCAUUGUUGGCCCUUUAUUAGAUGGGGUUUCGUCAACAGCUGUAGAAGCCGGAGUUACUUCUACGGAGGGUCGCCGACCUUUUUCAUGUGAUAUCUGCGGAUACAAAUUUAAGAAGUCCUCGCAUCUUAAACAACAUCUUCGUUCUCAUACCGGUGAGAAGCCGUUUCGAUGCGGAGAAUGUCUCAAAUCAUUUACUUCGCGCUCUAUAUUGAAAGCACAUAUUCGAACACACAGUGGACUAAAAGAGUUUCAUUGUCCAAAGUGCUCAGCAUCGUUUACCACCCGAGGUUCACUGCGCCGGCACCAAGAAAGCCAUAAGGAAAGCAGCGCUACUGCUGAAGGCGAAGAAGAACCGGAAGAAAAUGGUUUGGGGCAACGUACCGGAGGAAGAGAAAAUACUGGCUCUGAAUGUAGCUUUGCCGAAUCAACAGUUGGAAAGGACUCUCGGGCUUAUGUUUGUCCCUACUGUGAAAAACGAUUUCGUAACAACGGAGCUGCUCGCAAACACAUCGCAGCUAGUCAUUCCACAGAAUCAACAAUCCAUGUGUUUCGAGAAGGGGCGCUUCGUGAUCGUAUCAUCCAGGAAGGAGGGCAGGAGAACGAACACGAUGCGGGUAUCGAGGAGUCCGCAGCUGCACUGGAUAUUCAAGGAGAUCCACAGGCUAAACAACAAAUUUUACAGGCAAGUCAAAGUUCGCCGAUGGUCUCAGAGACGUCCGGAACCGUUCAGCAAUCAACAGGUAGCACACAAAUUCGCCGAGGGUGCGACUCCGUCGUCCAGUUGCAUAUUAUUGCUGAUCCUGAUAAUCCACCAACUCAUCAGGUUCCAGGCAAAGAGCUGUUUGGUCUUUCAGCGCUAGGUCCAAGUGGCACCCUUAUCCAGCUCGUUAGUCGAGGCGAUGACGGAACUCAAGUUUUGACGGAUGCUUCCGGAUCGACUAUCGUCAGGACCAUGACUGGGGAUCUUGCUGCUUUAGACCAAUUACCUCUUGUUAGCUCAAGUGCCUCUGGCAGUCCAGGGGGCACAAGGCUAACCUUGGCUGGGGUUACCGAUACCGGGCUUCCUGCAGAGUCGUUUACCAUUCCCUCUGAGGGGAUCGAUGUGAGCACUCUGGCCUCACAGCUCGGAACCACCGAAGAAACCAUCACCCUUUUACUGCAGCAGAACAAUGUAAUUGAUAAUAACGUUCACACCAGCAGAACAACAGAUCAUGACGACAGCAACGAUUAUCAUCAGUAUCAUGGCAGUAAUGAACAACGGCAAAGCGGUGGUGAUCAAUUAAGUCAGGAGGAGGGUAACCCUGGAAAUCCUUCAAAUAAAAUAGAGGAUUGCAGGCCACAAGAUGAUUUACACCAAGAAGUUUUGAUCACAGACAAAGAUGUUCCUAGUAUCGACAAUGAUGUUCCCACUGAAAAUGCGCAGACCAGCAAUGGUAUACCGACAGCAAGCGACGGAAUCAUCAACUACAGGUGUAGUGGCUGUGGGAAAAUAUUUGACUCUUCGAGACAUUUGGUAGCCCAUUUGCGCUGUUGUCAAGGAGAUAUUUCAUCGGGUGAACUUGCGGAAGGUCAAAGCCCUGAUACAAUGAUCGAUGAGCCCGCCUUCACCGUACUGACGUGUCUCAACUGUGGUGCCGAAGCUAAUGAUGAGUCAGCACUUCGCGAUCAUGUAAAGAAGGAACAUGGCGUAGCGGCUCUUCGAAAUUUGGCGCGUCAGCUUGCCCGUGAGAAGGCACGACCCAAGGGCAGUCGCGGGCGUUCCAAUCGAGAGAGCGGUGCGCGAAGUGCCUCCGGGAAUACGGCGGUUGCAGAGGGAAUUCAACUGAUUCAGAUUGAGGCUACUGAAGAAUUAGCCAAGAAAAAUCCUCGUGAAACCACAUCACUUUUUGAACGAGCCCUUAUUGCCAGCGCCAACGAUGUGAAACGCACCCACCUUCUAGGAGAGGAGAGUCGACGGUCGUCGGCAAUGAUUGUCCCUGGUCAGCACUUACACAGAUGCUCUGACUGCGGAAGGGGGUUUAAGAAGAAUUCUGACCUUAUCCGGCAUAUGAGAACACAUACCGGGGAACGGCCAUAUUCAUGUAGCAUAUGUGGAAAGGCCUUCACAGUCAAAUCAUCAUUGGACGUGCACACACGAACACAUUCAGGCCUACGUCAAUACCCGUGUGAGGUUUGUUCGCGAGGGUUUGCUACAAUGGGAUCAUUAAUCGUUCACAUGCGACUCCAUACUGGGGCACGGCCGUUCGCCUGUUCCUUCUGUCCUGCGAGAUUCCGUACAUCUGGCCAUCGAAAAAUGCAUUUGCGGCAGCACUUGUCGUCCGAUAAUCCAUCACUUAAGACUCAACGCAUAAGUCCACAGGAGAACACAUCGCCAGUGCCUAAUGCUGCGCCACAAGUGGGAGUUGGCUCUACGACAGUACAACUACAAAUGACGACCACUGACGGAGGCUCGUUUAUGGCUGCGGAAAAUGCGACUGACUCCGGUAGACGCUUCAUUGCGAUCAAUCCAGAUAGUAAUGAAGAAUACGAAUUACUCGAGUUAGAGGAAUUACUGGCUGCGAAUCCUGCGUUAGCUGAGCAGCUACAACAGCAGGGAACGCUCAGUCUCGCUCUGAAUGCAGCUCCCGGAGAACAGGAAAUGAUGUUCGAACGCGAUCAGUCUGUUAAUUCGAAUCCGACCGCUGGUGCGUUCAUUGAAUCGUCGGUAACGAUGCCGUCAGUUGUAUUACUACAAUGCUCACAACCUAACUGCUCUGCAGCUUUUACAAAGGACUCGAUGCUCCAGCGUCAUCUAGUAACCAAACACGGAGCAAAGAAGCAAGCGCCCUUGACGGCUGCCGCCACACUAGUCAGGUACAAGUGCGGUGUUUGCAACCAGUCUUUUGGCACUCAGCAAGAGACGGUGGACCACAUGCGAAAUGAACACGGUGUCCUUGCAGCUACGGAAACUCAAGCGGAGUAAAUGGGAAACAAAGCAUAUAAAGACACUGCACAUUCCCCCCUGAAACUCACAAUUGAAAUAAAUAAUACAUUUUUCGUAAUCCGCCGACAAGCCAUUUUACGCAAAGUUUUGAUGCCAACAAUCUUAUUCUACUAAGCCUCAGUCCGUAAUAUAUGCACUUAAUAUAAUAAGAGAUACGAUAAUGUAUCUCUUAUGUACGACAAUCGGCUGCAGUAUUAAGUAUAUGGAAUACUUAAUGUUACAACCGAUUGUCGUAACCGAUAGAAGGCAUAAGAAAGGAUCGAAAAGUUUGUAUAACAUAUAUAUAUAUAUAUAUAUACAUCUUUAUAUAAGCAAAGUCGAAUUGUAAAUAAAUCGGUGAUAGAAUUUGUCGUCGCAAGGGAGAAAGGUAGGGUCAAUUAUGUUAGAAAUAGCAUUUAUUUGGAGUAUUGAACUGAAGUACAUGUUGUUUAAGUUACUGUUUUUGUUUCACCUUCAUCUUUUGCUAGCAUUCACUGAUCAGCUGUCAUUAACGUUACAUUAUCACGGCCCCCCUCCUACCGCGUCUAUUCAGCUGCCGUCAGACAGAACGCGCUUGGCAUUAACAAACUGUCUGGGACGCACUUUCCGUUGUGAAUGAUUACAGCCAAACAGAUGCAUCUGAGGUGAUUUAUUUAAGUUUAUAAAUUAUGUCAGGGAUCUGAAGCGUAGGGAUGCUCUAAAUCGACUAAGAAUAUUACCAGUAUUUUAACAGCUCUAUGGAGAUGGCUGCAGGACAAUGAAAUUGAACGGCCAUAUCUCAUUGCUCCUAUGGUCAUGACUGGAAAAGCAAAAGUUGUUGAACGCUUUAGGCCCGAAAUAAGCCAAGUGUAAUCCUUGUCUAAAUGAUGGAAAGUCUAAAAUAUUCAUUUUCAAAGAAAUAUACGUUAUGUAGCGAGUUUCAAUGUCGGGACGAACAGCUCGAUGAACUACACUUACCUCAUUUUCUUUC